AUGUCUUUGAACAACCCAACCCAGCCCAUUUCCUACUCAUCAGCUCAACCGGAAACCUCACAUGAAAUAUCUUCUCCCCGAGCGGAAGAUAUACAUCCUCAAGAAGAUCAAGAGCAAACCACAGACCAUGUCACAUCCCCGCACGGAACAGCAGAGGAACCCGGAACCGCAGCUGAAGCCCACGAUGCAACCACCCAACCAGCAACUUUCCAGCCUUUCUUCACAUUAAUAGAAGACACACAGCUGGGGGAGUACCGCCAUCCAACAGUACACUAUAUCUUCUCCGACGACGACAUAGACAUCAUUACAGCAGCAGCUCUCCGCAGUCUGGAGACCCAACAGGAUGCGCUGUCCAGCAGCAAGAAAGAAGAACUCCAUAUCGAAGAGCACGGGACGCCAGAACAAGAAAAGUCCUCCCUCCUUCCACCACCUAUCCCCGGUGUACGAGAGAACUACCUCGUUCUAGACGUGGAGCCCGUGCCCGCACCAGAAAAUACUAUAACACCAAUACCCACACAACCUACGGGUCUCCAAAGUCCUCUGGGCGCAGUGGCAGGAGCCUCAGUGCCACCCCAGUUCCGCGUCACAUCAGCAAAGAGCUUUUCGCCAACAUGGCAAGUUCUUCAGAGUGAGAUAUCCCCGGCACCGACUUUUGAGAAUGAUGCUGUGGGAGAGACUGGUGGACAUGGGUUCAUGCUGAAAAUUCAAGGGACCGGUGGAUUACCUUAUAUCUCUGACUCUGGGAAAGAGACUGGACCUCGGCGGCUGGAGGAGAUGAUGGAUCAAUUCGCGAAGAGAAUGGCAGAAUUGCAGACUAUAAUCGAUGCUGAGGAGGUGGCAAGUACGAAAAUCCAGGACGAAGUGGAUCAAGAGGAGGAGAAGGAGAAAGGAAAGGACAAGAGCGAAGGGCUCACUGAGGAUGCGCCACCGGGAGACACUGACGAGAAAGAUGCUGUGGAUCAGCAACUGCAGAUAUAA